AGCGGGGCGGCCUCAGUUGCUCUCAGGCACCAAGCGAGAUAGGGAGUGUGAACUGUGCUCCACCGUAACGACACCCCUCACAGUGCUCCGUCAUAACACACCUGAAGUAAAGAGUGUCUCUGUCAUUACACUGAGUUGAUCGAGAUAAUUUCUUUUGUGGAAUCGAACUUUAGAUGCAGACAUAAUUGAGGGUGUAGAAAUUUAUGCCACAAAUAAGCCGCUGUUUUCCUAGUCUGUACAGCUGCUGAUAUUAUUGACAGUCCACCGUCUUUAGUCCACACAAGGUGACGAUGGAGCCACGACGGUUUGGCCUCCGCCCCGUGACGCCCCGGAGCAGUCUGACCCCAAGGGGCGGCCCCUCCACUCCCGCCAGCGGCCCAGGCGGUGCCCCGAGAACCCCGCGUGUGUGGCGGCCCAAGGGUCCCCAGGAGAGCCCCGGCAACCCCAGCAGGAUACUGAAGAAGGAGGAGAAGGAACAGCUGCUGAGGAAACUGACACCCAUGCAGUACCGCGUCACGCAGGAGAAGAUUACCGAGCGGCCAUACUCCAACAAGUACUACAAGCACUGGGAGCGCGGAGUGUACUGCUGUGUAGUGUGUGGAGAAGAGCUCUUCCUGUCUCACACCAAGUAUGACUCUGGGUCUGGCUGGCCAGCUUUCUAUGAUAUCAUCAGCAAAGACAAGGUGUCCCUCAAGCAAGAUCUUUCCCAUGUUGGUGCCAACCUUCUGUUAUUGGUGUGCAACCCAUCCCUGGCAAGAACAGAAGUUGCGUGUGCCACGUGUGGUGCUCACGUUGGACAUGUUUUUGAUGAUGGACCCAAACCCACAGGACAGCGCUUCUGUGUCAAUUCUUCAUCACUCACUUUCAAACCUCAGGGUCCUGUGGAUGAAAACUGUGUGCCUAAUUUAGAAAGAAUGCACGAGAAGAUAUGGUCAGCAUCAUCACCCCGGCCAGCAGAACCAAUAGUGCAUCUUGCCUCACCAUCAAAUUCUUGUGCCCUUGGAGCCCGUAUGUGCUUUCGAGUAUCAAACAUGGAUGCAUGUGAGGCCACCACGCCACAAUCCUGA